AUGGCAGUCCUCCAAGACCUCCCCAACGAGAUCAUCUACCAGAUCCUCUCCGCUCUCUACAGCUCCUACAACCCCAAGCUCGACCCCACCCCCCGCCUCAACACCUUCCUCGCCCUCGGCCGUGUCUCCCGCCGCCUCCGCAAGAACGCCGAGCGGUUCAUCUACCGGACCGUCGACGUCGGCUACAGCCCGACCUCCACGUCCAAGCACAAAAGGCCCUGGCAGCUCCUCCGCACGCUCAUUGCCCGCCCGUACCUCGCGGCGUACAUCAGGAGCAUCAGCAUCAGAUGGGGAACGGAGCACAAGCCGAAGGUCACAUCGCACGAGAACGCCCUCUUUACCGCUGCCGCAUCGAAGCUCGGCCUCGAGCUCGCGGUGAGAUGGGAGGGCGACCAGGCCCUGCUCCUGUGCCACAUGUUGAAAAACGUCGAGACACUCGCCAUCAGCUACCCGCCCGACUUCGGGCCCAACCUCACCGAUCCGUUCGGGCUCCUCCGGGAGUACGGCCCCUCCGUCCCCGCCCCCGGCGUACCACCCCUCUCCACAACCGGCAUGCAGGGCAUCCACACCCUCACCGUCCACUCCGAGUCCACCACCACCGCGCAGCACAUCAUCCCCAUGCUCCUCCUCCCCAACCUCAGAACCCUCACGGCCCACCACGUCACCACCACCGCCGCCCUCCUCCCCGAGAACCCCGCGUGGCACGGCGCCUCCCGCGUCACGCACCUGCGCCUGCUCGCCUGCGAGCUCCACGGCUCCACACUGGCCAUCAUGUUCCGCGUCGCCAGCAAGCUCAAGCACCUCGAGUACGACGACGCCGGCGGCCGCUUCAACCCCGCGCACGCCUGCGACGAGGCGUUCGCGGCCGCGCUGCAGAUCGUGCGCCCGACGCUGCAGCACCUCGCCGUCAACCUGGCGAAGGUGCAGGCACGCGACGGCACCCACGGCAAGGUCGGGUCGCUCAAGGCCUUCCCGCUGCUACGAGAGGUAGUCUGCAAUUAUGGGGCUAUCUGGGGGAUGACGUUCGCCACCUUUACGCCCGGGGUUGCGUGGCGGUUGGAGUUUGCGGCGGCGCUGCCGGCGGCGUUGGAAGCGCUGGAGGUAUGGCUGCCGUGGGAGUUUACCAUGAGCUGGUUGGGGGAGUUGCUGAAGGAGAAGGAGACACGGUUUAGGUUCUUGAAGAUCAUCAGGAUGUAUCCGAUGGGCAAGUAUGGGAGCAGGGGGAAGCGCUUCAUCAAGAAGUUUAGGAGGAAGGCGGAGAGGGUGGGCGUCAAGGUUGGGGUGGCGAAGAUGGUGGGUGAUCGUAUUGCCGGCUAUGAGUUUUCUUGA